CUAGCUCGAUUUAUUUCCCUCUCAUUCUUCUCCUCUGUCUCUCUCAUUUCGGAAACCCUAAUCUGUCGAAGCAAUCUCGAAGCGUGUACGAUCUCCAACUCAGAUCUUGUGUUCAUUAGAUUUACAGUCAAUGGAAGGCAGUUACGGAAGCUACACUGACAAGACAAGAGUGUACGAUAUCAAACCGUUACGAACUCUAAAACCUGUGUUCCCAAGCGGGAACCAAGCUCCUCCACCUUUUGUCUGCUCACCUCCUUUCGGUCCUUUCCCUCCUGGCUUCUCCCCUUUCUAUCCCUUUACCUCUUCCUCCUCUCAACCACACACUACUCCAGAUCUCAACCACAUCUCAAAGCCUCCCUUGGUUACUCCUCUGAGAUCAUUCAGGUCUCCUGAUAGCAACAUUGAGUCUCAAGAGGGUCCAACAGUGAAGAGAAAGACCCCUAAAAAGCAGCGUACUCCUCCUGAGAAUGUGAACUUCGAGAGUGGGAUCAGCGUUUCUGAACGAGAGUACGGGAAUAGGAAACUUGUGAUGAGUGUUCUUAGGCGUUACGAGGCGCUGAGGAGAAGGUUUUCACAGCUGGAAGACGCAAGAGAAGCUGUAAGCGGGAUCAACAAACGCGCUGAUCUAAAAGCUGUGACUUACUCUGAGUCUUUUAAGCUGACGCAGCCUUCUUUUGGAUGUGAUUGUAUUAGCAGCUCGUGUAAACCAGGGAACUUGAACUGUCACUGCAUAAGAAAAAACGGAGGUGAUUAUCCUUAUGUUGGUAAUGGGGUUUUAGUUAGCCGCAAGGGUAUGAGUGUUGCCGUGGUUCAUUUGGUUAAUGAAGCGACCCCAAAGAAAUGGUUAGGAUCUUUUGAAUUACUGCUUUUGGUAGCAACUAAAAGUUUUAAGUCUCUGUCUGAUAUAACUCGGCAACAGCAUAAGAUGGAAGCUGUGAAAUCGUUUUUAGGAUAA